AUGCCCGCCCACCGCCUCGCGAACCGCCGCCGCCGCUCCUCGCACGCCCUCCUCGGCUUCACCCCCGCCAAACCCGGCAUCUACGGGUUCACUCCCACCGCGCGCCCCGUACCCGUCACAUUCGCACCGAACGUCACACCCAUCUCAUACACCUCCGCGGACCCCGACGACGACGCCGACCCAUCCAGCCCUCUCUCCUCCUACGCACUCGCCGCUGCCCUCGGGAACCCCUCCGCGUCCGGUCUGCUAACCUCGAAACUUUUCCCACCGAGCGCGACGCCCGCGCCGCCCCCGACGAGGAAGAGGUGUCCGCCGGGCAAGAGACGGAGUCAGGGGUACAUCCCGCGCCCGCCCAACGCGUUCAUGCUCUUCCGCGCGGACUUUGUAAGGCAGAAACACGUCCCGGGGAGCAUCGAGACGAACCACGGGAGUCUCUCCAAGAUCAUCGGUGCGUAUCUCUCUCUCUCUCCGCAUCCAUCGUAA